UGGCGGACCUUUGCGAAUUAGUACGAAUGAUAUUUCGUAAAGUAUUGAUUGCCCGAAUUGUACCCUUCCUCCAGCUGGAUAAAAGCACAUUCGUCUUCAGCUGGUCUGAGGUGUUGCCGCUUUCCUAUUGGCAAUCGCGCUUGGUGCAUUUUAAUUUUAUUUGUCAUCAGCAGUAAUAAGAACAGUUUUACUUCUAAUACUCCCUGUGUACCAAUCAACAACUGCUGAGCUAUGGCUGAAUACACAGAUAAGGUGCAAUUGUCUCCUUCACGUCGCGCUGAAGUACUGCGCGAAUGCCUGAGGAGUACCCUGCAAUUGCUUAAUGAGGAGCUGGAGGGUGAGACUUUAGAUUCUGAGCAGAAGGAAUCACUUGGGGUGGCAAAGCAAUGCCUUGAAGCCUGCUAUGAGUUAGAGGAUGAUUCACCUGUAGACACUCCAAACUUGCUCACUAUCUUUCAUAAGUUGAACCUUCCAGUUCCUGAGGAAGAAGUAUUAAAACUUGAAGCAGAGGGAGAGGCUUUCAAGCUUCGUGGAAACGAAUUUAUGCGCGAGGGUGACUUCCUUGCUGCAGUGGAUUAUUAUUCCAAGGCCAUCAAGGCUAAUAACAACAAAGCUAUCUACUACUGCAAUCGCGCAGCAGCUUAUAGUAGAUUGAACCGUCAUCGUGAGGCUCUAUUAGAUUGCAAAGAUGCUAUCAGAUUGGAUCCUUCAUAUGGAAAAGCCUAUGGUCGAUUGGGGAUUGCAUAUUCGAAUUUGAAUAUGUAUCAACAAGCUGCUGAAGCCUAUAGAAGUGCUUUGCAGCUUGACCCAACCAAUGCAUCAUAUGAAGCCAACUUGAAGUUGGCUGAGGAAAAGAUUCCUCAAUCUGCUGCUCAUCCAUCUUUGCCAGCUGAAUUUGAUUUCGGCGGAUUCAUGAACAAUCCCGCUUUACUGAACAUGGCAAGUCAGAUGUUAAAUGAUCCAACAUUUCGUAAUAUGGUUACUGGGAUCAUGAAUCCUGGACCAGGGGGAACAACUUUGGAGUCUUUCGUUGAGGUUGGACAGCAUAUUGCUGAGCAGAUGGGAAAUCCACAUGUUUUGGAAGAUAUAAGCAACAGCAUGUCAUCUGAUGACAACGGGCAGGGCCCGAGGCCGAACGGCGAGAACAGGGACUGAAUUUUUUAAUAAUUUUCCUUUUAAGUUUAAGCGUUUUCUUCAUGCUAUUUAGCGUAAUGUUAGAUAUUUAAACAUGUUAAAAUUAUAUUAUUAAAGAUAUUUAUACAUGGACGUUCGACGUUACAUAUUGAUGGAAGCAAUGUUGAACAUUGUGACAUGUAUUUUAGACUUGCAUUUAUCUGUUUUUUUUUUCUCCAGAUUAUAAAUCUGAUGAAAUAUCUUUCAAUAUCUUAUAGAUGUUAUUUUUAAGGAGUUGAGAACUUUCGUAUUACUACCAAAAUUAGAUAAUAUUUAAGGGUUCCUUGUACGACAUCAAUGUAAGACAAAAAUAACGACAUAAUUAUAAAUUA